CGAGCCAAUGGGCGCGAUCGUUGUUUCGGGCGGUGGCACGGUCGUCGAGAACGCGGUUCGUGGACAAGAAGUCGGCGUAGUGUUUUCGAGCAAUGAGGAAACUUGGCAGUCGGUGGCCUAUCGUAUAGUAAGCGUCGACGGAAACUCAAACUCUAAUGAAUUCUACGUUCAAAGUGACGGCAAUGUAACAUAUCUCUAUAGCAACAUGACGAUAAAUUACGAUCGACAGUCGUCGUUUUCGGUUGAAAUCGAAGCGAUCGACAACGGAAACCCGCCGGUUUCAUCGAUCGAGACGAUAACGGUUACCGUUCUGGCUACCGAUCCGUGCGCUCUGGGUACGGCCGACUGUGCCGUCAAUGCCAACUGUACACGACUGUCCUCUACUACAAGUCGAUGCUCGUGUAUGGACGGAUACGCCGUCGUCGGGACGAUUUGUCGCGACAUCGACGAGUGUUCUGUCGUUGCGCCAGUUGUUUUGCACUCGAUUUCGUUGUGUAAUGGCAAGGGAACGUGCGUCGACGGCAUAGGCGAAUACACUUGUACUUGUUAUCCGGGCUACACGGGUCGAGACUGUGGUAUAGAUAUCAACGAAUGCGAGUCGAAUCCUUGUCUUAACGGUCAAUGUGUGGAUUUGGUAAACGAGUACGCGUGUCAGUGUCGGGAAGGUUUUACGGGCGCAAACUGCGAAGAAAACGCCGACGACUGCGUCGCGUCGCGUUGCGGCGACGGCACUUGCGUCGACGGAGCGAACGACUACAGUUGUGAAUGCCCGGAAGGAGUGACGGGAGAUCGUUGCUCGUUUACGUCCGAUCUCUGUAAGAAACAGUUGUGCGAACACGGUGUUUGUGUUCCUAAAUCGUCUAAUGCCGAUCAGAUCACAAUGGCAGAUUUCGACAGCCAAGGAAACGAGUUGCCGUCUGUUGUGCUGGAGCCGGUUUCCAGUGCGCAUGCGUCAUACAAAAGCAGCGCGUCGACUAGUUCUCUUCUCUGUGUGCCCGACGAUUACAUUGUGGAGAUCAACUUUCCAGCUGUUGUCAACGCUGGAAGCAAAUCGUUCUUGAACGAAUGGGAGAGGCACUUGCAAGAAGAUCUCGUCGUCACGAUAUCUGUUCGCACGAGAGACGGGAUCGGGUCAUUUCCGGUACCCGUUUCGUAUGUCUACGUCACAGGCGCUCGUUUGCAGUCCGAUAGAAGUACAACGGUCUAUUUCGUGGUGGUGGUGAACGACGAAGUGGUGCAGCCAUUUGAUGUGCUCAGCGGUCUAAACAAGGACUGUCUAAACGUCACGCUGCUAUCGCAUUCAGACGAGAUUUGCGAGGCUGUCAUUCGUGCUUUGAAUUAUUCGACCACCAUCCGCCCGCCUGAAGCAGAGAGGGCUGUAUUGCCAAGUUCGAGAGCUAACAUUGUCGGUUCUCAAAUCUUUUGGCCGGUUAUUGGCAGCUUUGCCGCCGUUGUCAUUAUUGUAGUUUUGGCUUUACUUGUGCGAAGAUCUUGGGCACGAAGCAGGCGGCCAGUUUGUAGCCUUCAAGACGGUGGUAAUGACGGUGGAGUUCGGAAUGGAGUGACCAAUGAAUAUACUACAAGAGUUGAGAUUACUAAUCCUAUUUACAGACAUGACAAACUUGAGAGAGGUGCUGGAGACAUGGAAAAACGGAUGGAUUGAUCAAAACAAACGAGUAACCGGCUGUGUGUUGUGUUGUGUGUGUGUUUGUGCGUGUGUGUGUGUGUGUGUGUGUGUGUGUGUGUGUGUGUGUGUGUGUGUGUGUGUGUGUGUGGCGCGCUGGCAUAGACGCACAGCUAUCUAGUGCUAUAGUAAUAAGAAAUAUGCUGUUCUUCUUGUGUAUUAGCUGUAGUGCGUUUUACGAAACGAUUCAUUAGAUUUAGUAUAGUCGUGUGAAGUCCGUUCGUCAUGCUGUAACCGCAAUCAAUGCGCGAGACUGUAUUACGUGUUGUUGUUCUAAUUGAGAAUUUUGCAUAUCUUGCAUA